GGACUUAAAGGCUGCUCCGCUCCGUCUUCCCCGUCGGCAGCGGGGUAGCCGCGCGCGCCCUCUUGUGGCCGGAGUUGGGAGCGGGAGCGCGCAACGGCGGCGGCGAUGGCGGCUCCGGGAUUGGCGGUAGCGGAGGAGGUUUCCACGGAGCGGCUGGCGGAGGUGGAGGCCCUGCUGGCGCAGCGGGUAUCGGAGCCGGUGCGGGCGCGCUGGCGCUGGGAGAUCAACCUGGGCCAGCCCAACCUGCAGCGGUUCCGGGCGCAGCUGAGCGAGGCCCGGCGGGGCAGGGAGACCCUGCUGGCCCGGGACGCGGCGCUCUCGGAGGCGGAGCAGCAACGGCUCCAGGGCUUCCUAAGGCUGGAGAUGGCGUUGCUCCGCUGGUUCCAGGCGCGCGGCGAGCGCGAGGCGGCCCGGCGGGCCCGGCGGAGGAAGCCCGGCGGCGGUGCGGGGAGAGCGGCCGCGUCUGCCGCGGGCGGCGAGGGAUCUGCUGCGGCGCCGCCGGCCCGGGCGAAGGAGGAGGAGAAAGCGCCGAGCGAAGACAAAGAGCCAUUGGGCCCGCCGCCGAUGCCUUCCGAGCCAGCAGCCGCAGCCAGGACUACUUCGGUGGGGAAGGUGGCAGCUCUGCGGGAGGCGCUACUGAGCGUGGUGACCGAGCUGGAGGCGGCCGAGGGCCGGGGGCGGCCGAUAUGGGCGGCGCGGAAGCUGGAGACGGCCCUGGCGGCGUUCCUGGACGACCGGCUGUGGGAGAGCCUUCGGGAGCUGGGCUUGGCGGUGCGGAAGGAAGGGCGCGCUCGGGUCCGGCAGCUGCUAGCCCUGCGGGAGGUGCUGGAGGAGGAAGGUUGGGCCGAGAGCGCGGAGGCGCUGCGGAGGGAGCUGGAGGAGUUGAGGACUGGCCUGCAGGAGGUGCCGCUGGAGGAGCUGCAGCCGCUGCUGGAGAAGGCAGAGGCACUGCUGCGGAAGACUGACUGCUGGGAGGUGGCCUGCCUGGAGAAGGGCCUGUGGGCUGGACCGCUGGAGGAGGCCGAGGCGGCCCGGAGAGAAGCUGAAGCCCUGCGCCAGACCCUCCGGCAGGUCCCCUUGGGGCAGGGUGAGGCAGCCCUGCGGAGGGUUGGGCAGGAGGCACCGGUGAAGGAGGCGCAUCUCCUGUGGGAGAAGGCAGCGGCCCUGGAGACGCAGGCCCUGGCCUUCUGGUCGGACACACUGAAGCAGGCGGAGGAGAUGCUGGACCAGGUGGAUGCCCUGAGGAGCGCUCUGCAGAACUCCUCUCUAAAGGAGGCCCUCUGGGAGAAGGUGGAGGAGCUGCGGGAUGCCUUGCGGGAAACCACCAGGGAGAAGGUGGGCCUCCUGCCCUUGGACCUGUGGGGCAAGAGCCCGCGGGAGAUGUGCAGCCGCCUCCACAAGCUCUGCCGGGAUUGGCUGCAGCCGGAGAAGAAGACCAAGGCUCAGAUGCUGGACCUGGUGAUCCUGGAGCAGCUGCUGGCCGUGCUGCCUACAGAGAUGGCCAGCUGGGUGCAGGAGUGUGGAGCAGAGACCAGCGCCCAGGCAGUGGCCCUGGCUGAAGGCUUUCUGCUGAGCCAGGCGGAGAAGAAACAUCAGGAAGAGUUGCAGGUGCAAAAGCCAUUUCUGGAGGCCAUCCCCAGACAUCCUAAAGGGAGGAAGGAUCUGCCAGAUGCCUCUCAAGAGCUGCCUUUCAGGGACAUCCCCCAAGAAGAUCCAAGUUGGGACACUUCAGGAGGAUUGUCACCUUUUCCUGGUGGAACUGAAAGAGUGGCUGAACCUCCAGUUCAGGGUCUUGUAUCCUUUGAGGAGGUGGCUGUGUGUUUCUCCAAGGAAGAGUGGAUUCAGUUGGAUCCCCGUCAAAAAGCCCUCCAUGGGGAAGUCAUGAGGGAGAACUUGAGGAAUGUAGCCUCUCUAGAUGCUGUUGGGCAAGAGAAUGUGGGCUAUAGGCAAAUACUAGAAGCUCUCAGACGCAAAGAAAGAAGAGACCAAACUGAACUAAAAAAUCAUGAGAGAAACCAGUCAAAGGAUGGGAGCAGAAAGUAUUCCAUUUUUCAGUGCAAUGAAAUUCAAGAUGAAGCAGCCCCGCACAUCCCUAAAGGAAAAAGGACAAAGUGUUUUGGGAAAAGUGUGAAAACAUUUGGAGAAAAUUUAGAUUUAAAGGAACAUGAUCAAAGCCACGCUAAAGAAGAGGAGGAUCAGGACAGGGAAGAUGAAAAAAGUUACAGUUGGACUUUCAUUCUUUCAUUGCGUGAUAGAAUCAACAUGGGGGAGAAACCCUACAAAUGUAGAGAGUGUGGGAAGAACUUCAGGAGCAGCAGCCAGGUUACUUCCCAUAGGAGGAUCCAUACGGGAGAGAAACCCUAUAAAUGCCUGGAGUGUGGGAAAAGCUUCAGCUGGAGCAAUGACCUGACUUGCCAUAAAAGGAUGCACACGGGGGAAAAACUUUAUAAGUGCUCUGAGUGUGGGAGGAGCUUCAGGAGGAACAGUCAGCUUGCUUAUCAUAAAAGACUCCAUGCGGGAGAAAAACCGUACAAAUGCAUGGAGUGUGGAAAGAACUUCCUGUGGAGCUAUCAGCUUACUUCCCACAAAAUGAUCCACACAGGGGAGAAACCCUAUAAAUGCCCUGAGUGUGGGAAGAGCUUCAGGAGGAGCAGUGAACUGACUUCCCACAGAAGGAUCCACACCGGGGAGAAGCCUUAUAAAUGCAUGGAGUGUGGGAGGGGUUUCAGAGGAAGCAGUGAACUGACCUCCCACAGGAGGGUCCAUACGGGAGAAAAACCGUAUAAAUGCAUAGAAUGUGGGAGAACUUUCAGGAGGAACAGCCAGCUUGCUUAUCAUAAAAGACUCCACUCGGGAGAGAAACUGUACAAAUGUAUGGAAUGUGGGAAGGACUUCUUCUGGAGCUAUCAGCUUGCUUCGCAUAAAAUGAUCCACACAGGAGAGAAGCCAUAUAAAUGCAUAGAGUGUGGGAAGAGCUUCAGAGGCAGUCGUGAGCUUUCUUGCCAUAAAAGGAUCCACACAUUGCAAGAAUUGCACAAAUGUUUGGAAUGUGGAAAGGCCUUUGGGAGCAGCAGUGAGCUCACUUCUCAUAGAAAAAUCCACCCAAGGGAGAGACCAUACAUAUGUAUGGAGUGUGGAAAAAGCUUCUCUUGGAGUUCUCAGCUUACUUCCCACAAAAGGACUCACUCGGAUGAGAAUCCAUAUAAAUGCGUAGAUUGUGGGAAGAGUUUCGGGGAAAGUAGUGAACUUACUUCCCAUAAAAAGAUCCACUUGGGCGAGAGACCGUAUAAAUGUAUGAAAUGUGGAAAGAGCUUCAGAAGGAACAGCCAGCUUUCCUGCCAUAAGAGAAUCCACACGGGGGAAAAACCAUUCAAGUGUGCGGAAUGCGGAAAAAGCUUCCGUCAAAGCAGCCACCUCAUUUCCCAUAAAAACAUCCAUACAGGAGAGAAAUCUUAUCAAUGCAUGGAAUGUGGGAAGGCCUUCAAGAGGAGCAGCGAACUCGCUUCCCAUAAAAGGAUCCACAUGGGGAAAGAAGCCAUAUGAAUGAAUGGAUUUUCAGCAAGAGCAGCACCCUUGCUUCAUAUGAAGGAUUCAGACAGAAGAAAAACUGUAUAAACGUGUGAACUCCAGGGAGAGUCCCAGUGAAGCAGGCAGCUUCUCUAGACUAGACUUGCCUGGUUCUUUUAUGCAUACCUUGUCUUGGUACGAACUCCUUGCUGCCUUAAGCCCGAUUUUUGCCAAGACCUGAAACCAACAGCCACAAGAAAGAAUUAGUUUACUGGGGGAAGAUUUCUAACAAUAGGGGGUAGGUAGUUUUACAUAAGUUGAAUGGGCUUUUGUCAUACUAAUGUGCCAACACUGUUGCACCAAAAAGAAUACUGUGCUUUAGUUUAUGCUUUAUGAUGUUCACAGUCUCAGAUGUUUUGACACCAGCAUAUAGAAUUCAAGUAAUCCUCAAUUUAUGACCACAAUUGGGAUCAGAAUUUCCAUUGCCAAGCAAGGAAGUUGUUAAAUGAGUUGUGCUCAAUUUUACAACAUUUUUUUGCCACAGUUGUUAAGCUAGUCAC